AUGUCUAUUAUCCAACAACACACCGAGUCCUCGCUCACCGAUGCCUGGCGCACCAUCAACAUCGAUGCCCUCGACCCCGACUCCUCCCAGAACUUCCCUCUCUCCACCCUCCACCCUCCCCAGCCCGAAUUCUCCGACCCAGACGCCCGCAACCUCCAGUCUCAGAUCCGCCAGCUCCUCCAAGCGGGCGAUGCCGAGGGCGCGCUGCGGUCGGCUCUCGAGAAUCCAAUCUACAAUGCUCCCGAUCUGGCCAAGGAAACGCAUCUGCAGACCGUCAUCGAGGUGCUGCAAAGGAUCAAGGUGAACGAGAUGACGCCUCUUUUGCAAAAGAUCUACAAUGAUGAUAGGGGUAGCGAGAGCUUGGACGUGUUGAUGAAGUACUUGUACAAGGGUAUGGCGGCCACGUCGAGCGGUAUCUCCAGCCAGCACACCGGCAACGGCCCGAGAACACCAACCAAGUUGAUGACGCCCCAGGCAACGGGGUUCAGUCAGAUUGGCAACAGGUCCGGGAUAACAGCCGGAGACUCCACCGGCGCCGCCAUGAGCGUCUUGCUUAGUUGGCAUGAGAAGGUGGUGGAUGUGGCCGGGCUGGGGUGCAUUGGGAGAGUCAUGACUGAUUUCCGGAGGGUAUAA